CCUGUCAAGUCAUCUUGUGAAAGGCUGCUUGCUUCCAGCUUGGCUUGAAAGUGCAACCUUAAUAAAACUCACUGAAGUCUGAGAGAAAAUAGCAGUUCUGCAGCAGAUAGUGUAGGGGAAAGAGACUGGGAUAUGCAUAUGCAGCUGACUAAAGCAGGCUACAUGCUGGACUGUAACAGGGAGGAAACAAUAAAUCUUAGCUACUAUGCAAUAAAUAUUCCCAAUUUUAACUAAAGAAGCUCUCCGUGCGGUGAAAUUACAGAAUUAAGAGUUUGUGCAAGCUUGAGCACACAAGUGUGAUUCUCCAGUCCUUUCUCCAAAGACCUCAAAGGAAAUUAAGAACAAAUUGAAAGAAAGAGGAAGAAAAAGUUUUUCUUACAGUAGGAAAGGAAAGUAACAAUAACAUGUCAGUUCUCCUUUCCUUUGCUUUCCUGGCAGCGACUCUUGCUCAUGUAGGCUGCAGCAACCAGCGCCGGGGUCCAGAAGGCAGUGGGAGAAGAUUUAACCGGAUCCAGCAUGGGCAGUGCACCUACACGUUCAUUCUGCCAGAGCAGGACGGCAGCUGUCGUGAAAGCACAACAGACCAGUACAACACAAACGCUCUUCAGAGAGAUGCUCCUCACGUGGAACAGGAUUUCUCUUCCCAGAAACUGCAACAUCUGGAACAUGUGAUGGAAAAUUACACUCAGUGGCUGCAAAAACUUGAGAACUACAUUGUGGAAAACAUGAAAUCGGAGAUGGUGCAGCUGCAGCAGAAUGCGGUACAGAACCACACUGCCACCAUGCUGGAGAUAGGGACCAGCCUCCUCAGCCAGACAGCAGAGCAGACGAGAAAACUCACCGAUGUUGAAACACAGGUGCUAAAUCAAACAUCCAGACUUGAAAUUCAGCUGCUGGAAAAUUCGCUGUCUACAUACAAGCUAGAAAAGCAGCUACUACAGCAAACCCAUGAAAUCCUGAAAAUUCAUGAGAAAAACAGUUUACUUGAGCACAGAAUUUUAGAAAUGGAAGAAAGGCAUAAAGAGGAGCUGGACACUUUGAAGGAGGAAAAAGAGAACCUACAAAGCUUGGUUACACGACAAAGCUACGUAAUCCAGGAACUAGAGAAGCAGUUAAACAAGGCAACAAGUAAUAACAGCAUCCUGCAGAAGCAGCAGCUUGAAUUGAUGGACACAGUUCACACUUUGAUUACCCUCUGUUCCAAGGAAGGAGUUUUACUAAAGAAUGUAAAAAAGGAAGAAGAAAAGCCUUUCAGAGACUGUGCAGAUGUAUUCCAGUCUGGUUUUAACAAAAGUGGGGUCUACACUAUUUACAUUAGCAAUGUGUCAGAUCCUAAAAAGGUCUUCUGCAACAUGGAAAUUGCUGGAGGAGGAUGGACAGUUAUACAGCACCGAGAGGAUGGGAGCCUGGAUUUUCAGAAAAGCUGGAAAGAGUACAAAAUGGGUUUUGGUAGCCCAUCAGGUGAACACUGGCUGGGAAAUGAAUUUAUCUUUGCAAUAACAAGUCAGAGGCAAUAUUCUCUAAGAAUUGAAUUAAUGGACUGGGAAGGAAACCGAGCGUAUUCACAGUAUGACAGAUUUCACAUAGGAAAUGAAAAGCAGAACUACAGACUCUAUUUAAAAGGUCACAGUGGGACGGCUGGAAAGCAGAGCAGUCUGAUCCUGCAUGGUGCUGAAUUCAGUACGAAAGAUGCUGACAACGACAACUGCAUGUGUAAAUGUGCUCUCAUGCUGACUGGAGGGUGGUGGUUUGAUGCCUGUGGCCCCUCCAAUCUCAAUGGGAUGUUCUACACAGCUGGGCAAAACCACGGAAAGCUCAAUGGCAUCAAGUGGCAUUACUUCAAAGGCCCCAGCUACUCCCUGCGCUCCACCACCAUGAUGAUUCGGCCCUUGGACUUCUAAAGGCAUUCUUCAGGGAAUCCUGCACUAAACCAGGUCAGCACUACCCUCAGCAGCACCACUUUCACAGUCUGAAGGUAAAAGGUGGAGGGCUUCCUGAAAGCAACACAUAGGGAUGAUGCAAAGUCACUUUGGUAUCACUCUAUAGCCUGCAAAACCUCCCCAGCGGUCACCCCACACUCUGCUGACUGAGGGAGGCAUGGUUUAGAAGAAGAUGACUGCAAUGAUUUUCCAGAGAACAGCUGGAUUGAGUUAUCCUGCUUGAACAUGGUGGUUCUCAGUGGAUGUCUGUUUGUUUGUUUGUUUGUUCAAUAAAAGAGGCAAGUCCCAGAUUACUCAGCAAUAGCAUCAGAAUUGGAGGAACUGAGACGUGCCAGCCACAGUCUACUGAGUCAAAUGAUGCUCAGCAGUGCAAUGCCAGCAGCACAGCCUAUGAAAAAGGAUUGCAGAUACACCUUUAUUCAGGCUCAUCUUAAAGCACUCAAGGUGAUGACCCCAAAUAUAAUUUUCCUUAAAUUACCUGAAUUUGAGUGGUGGAUGGAUUUAUGUUAAUGCCAGAGUCAAAUAAUUUGUGUGACUAUUAUUUUUCAUUAAAUCCUUUAAGGAGAUGUUUCUCAUAAAUAGAGUCAAACAUAAGAAGAAUGAUAAGGGUGAUAAGCAUAAAUUAUUCAGUUGCUCUGUAGAGGUAAAUCAGAUAAUUGGCAUAAUCCCUGAGCUAGGAUUUAUAGUGUGAUAACAAAAGUAGCUGUGUUUUGAGGCUUUUCUUCUCCUUUCAUUAAAGGCAGUCUGAAUGUCAUGUAGGAAAAUUAAUGGAAGGUUUAAAGAAUGUGAAAUGUUAUCCUAAAGAAAAUAUGGUAUUUUGCAUGGAAUAUUUCCAUCCAAAGUAUGCAGGAAGGCAAACUGUUAGGGUAUAUAAAAGUUGUGUAAGUGCAUAGCUUAAGGCAGUGGAUUCAUUUUACAGUGUCCUUGCAUGUGCGCCAUUUAUCAGUAUUUUACUUGUUUAUUACAUUGUGGUGAGUACCAGAAGCAUGCCAGCUCUACACAGUGCUUCAGCUACAACUAUACAAAACCAAAACUACUCAGAACUGUACAGACAAUAAAGACAAAGUUGUGAACUUGUAAAUAGCAUGUUUAUAUUCCCUGCAACGCUCACUUCGUUUGUACAGGCAGCACUCGCCCUGUGCCCAGGGUGCAAAACCUCAGAAGGAUAUAAAUAUUAAAAAGAACUUUAGAAGGCUUCUUACAGAUUGCUACCAAGCGAUCUUG